AUGACAGAUUUGAACAAGAUUCUCGCAGUCGCACCACCGACACCGGAGGAUUCACAGUCGGAGGAUUCAGAAAUGGAAUCAACGGAAACGAAAUAUGAAGUCGAAGUACAAGCCGGGAAACGCGUUGUAGAUUUUGUCGAGGAAUUUGACAAGAAACAUAACCUGGCGCUCAAGAUGAUAGGAAACUACGCAGGCCAAACGGUUGGAGGAGUGGCGAGCACUUCCACUCAUGGAUCAGGAUGGUUCAGUGGAACAAUGGUAUGGUUAAUGGAGUGUGGUUGUGGCAGUGAUGUUUAUGGUGGUGCUGCUGGUAUUGGUGGUAGUAGUGUUGACAGUGGUGUCUCAGUCUUAGUGCUGGGUUGUGUUAAUGGCAGCAGUGGUGGGGACCAUGGAGAUGGUUGUCAUGGUGUUGCUUAUGUUGAUGCUGGUGUAAAUGCUGAAUUUAGUGGUAGUGACGGUUGUGGUGCUGGUGCUAAUGCAAGCGGGGGUAGAAGAAAAGUUUAUUGUGGUGAAAGUGCUGCUAUCGCUCAGCAGAAUGGUGCUUACCGUUGGAACACCUCCAUGGUGAUAAAACUGGCUCAAGAUUACGCAAAAAAGCAUAAACAGUAUUCCCUGCUACCAAUUUAUGUAAGACUUGCACAUUCUGAUGAUUUGUAUCUGAGCCCUGCAAGCAAGUUUAGACCUGACGGAACCAUCAAUGAUCACAACUGUUACAUUGAGAUCGAUAAAGCCAAAUACGGAGAAGACCCGGUCGAGAUUAACAGUGAUGAGGUGUUAAAGGCAUGUCAAGUAGGCUUAGGAUGUAUGGGGGUAAUCUAUUCCAUUACCUACAGCUGUGUUCCUAUGUACAAUCUGGAGGAAAUCAGAAAAAUGGAACAGGUCUCUUGGCCAGAAGCGACCAUGACCGAAGACGAGGAAGGCAACAACGACUGUGACGAUGCGUUAGUGGGUAAGAAGUUGCAAUUGGGAGAGGUUCUUGAAAAGUUUGCUGAAAUGUACAAGACAAAAGAUGCAGAAUAUUUCUCGUUUUUCGUCAAUCCAUACCCACUAGGACCAAGUGAUUGUGGCAGUGAUAUUUAUGGUGGUGCUGCUGGUAUUGGUGGUAGUAGGGUUGACAGUGGUGUCUCAGUCUUAGUGCUGGGUAGUGUCAAUGGCAGCAGUGGGGACCAUGGAGAUGGUUGUCAUGGUGUUGCUUAUGUUGGUGCUGGUGUAAAUGCUGAAUUUAGCGGUAGUGACGGUUGUGGUGCUGGUGCUAAUGCUAGCGGGGGUAGAAGAAAUGUUUAUGGUGGUGAAAGUGCUGGUAACAAUGCUGGUGGCAGGUAUGGUGAUGGUAAUAAUGGUGGUGAUGGUGGGUUGAAAGCAAUUAUCUCGUUACCUCCUUGCUCCCUCAGGGAUGACAAGCAUAUCGAAAUGGCUUACUCGAAAGCUUUCAAAACAGAUCUUGGACCAACCUGCUGUGCUUGUUGCUCAUGCUGUUGUAAUUGUUGCGGGGGAAGAGGAAUGGCGGACCUAGGCUGCAUGCAGACAGACUGCAUAUCCUCUUGCCUACAAGGAUGCGCCAAUUGUUGUCCCACUUGUAUUCCACAGCUCACCAACUUCGGUGUGUCACAGUUCUCGUUCGAGAAACCGUAUCGGCAGACAUGGUACAACGUGCUGCAGUACACAAAAGGCAAUAUCCACUAUCGCUCAGCAGAAUGGUGCUUACCGUUGGAACACCUCCAAAGUGCCCUAACCAUGGUGAUAAAACUGGCUCAAGAGUACGCAAAAAAGCAUAAACAGUAUUCCCUGCUACCAUUUUAUGUGAGACUUGCACAUUCUGAUGAUUUGUACCUGAGCCCUGCAAGCAAGUUUAGACCUGACGGAACCAUCAAUGAUUACAACUGUUACAUUGAGGUACCAUUUCUCCCUGGAGCAUACGGCAUUGACGAGUUCCAGGAGAUGUUAGAGAACAAGCUCUACGAGGAGUUCAAAGCGAGGCCACACUGGGGAAAGAAUAAUCGCCUCAACCAGUCUAAGAUCGAGGAAAUCUACCACAAGGAUAGCCUGAAAAAAUGGGGAGAAGUGUAUAAGAUAUUUAACAAAGGAGGCCCGUUUGAAAAUCGCUUCACAAAUAAUAUGGGUUUUACCGAGUUGUUUGAUCAUCCUAUCGACGAGCAGCCUUCUGCCUAAGAAGUAACGUCUUUUUACCUUUCAUUGUCGCUCUUAAGUAUCACUUAGAUUCUUUCGCGCGUAGGAAGAAGCGCAGUAGUUUAGGGGUAGAAUUCUCACAUGCCUGAACUGGUUGACACUCCUCAAUAAGCAACGCCUAUAAACAACAUACUAAGAUGUGUUACUAGAUUAUCUAGAAUAACCGAAGACUACGAACACUAAGAUGGAAUCAUUCCAUUUAAGAAUCAUCCUCUAGAGUGUCUUACAUUAUAAAUGUAGACCAUCCGAGCAAUGUAUAAGCAUUUAUGAUUUGACUGAGCUAGCAGGAAAUUUAGAUUGAUAACGGAAUUCAACUUUAUAACUUGGCAGAUCUGACUAAAUAGAAUAGUGAGCAACUCAGGCUGUCAGGAGUGCCGGUAUCUAGCACAGUGUAACAGAGUGCGAACAAGGUCUUAAAAACAACAGCCUCAUCGUUUUCGGCAUCUUUUAUGCGACUCUGUGGUAGAUAAAAGAAGUGUUCCAUUUCUUUUUUUUUUGGCUUAAUUAUUCAUGGGCAGCAGUAAGUUCGUCGCCGUACUUUAAAGAAGCCGAACCAAAUACAUAAAUUAUUUUAAUGUAUUUUUCAUGCUGUUUUUACUCGAGGGCAUGCGCAAAGUAGUGUUUUGCAGAAGAAAAAUGGCGUCCAUGGCGACCAGAGACUAGAGCUAUUCCUACAU